AUGGACAACUUCGACCCCAAAGGAAGCAGCGACCUGCGCAGCCCCUCGUCGCCAACGCUCCAGCGCAGCAAGACGGGCAGCCCGAGUGGCUUCGGCAUGUCGCGCGAGGACUCGGAGAAGCUGCAGGAGCGCAUCGAGGCCUACAAGAUGGUCCGCAAGGUGGAGCCCGAACUCCCGCCGCUGCAGCAGACCCAGAUCCCCCCGAAGCCUGCGAAGGAGCCCUCGCAGACGGACAUCUUGCUGCGCAACGCGUCGCCGGAGGCCUUGGCCACUUCGUCCGUGGAGGCGAAGAGGCUGAAGAUGUGUCAGCACGUUCAGCUGGAUGACCUGCGAAAGGAGCUCGCCGCGGUCAACCGCAAGACCACCGUGGACGCCAAGACCAAUGACAUCCUGAAGAAGCUGGACCAGAAGGCCCAGCAGAGCGCGAGGGCCGUGGCGAUGCGACGGAGCAACCAGCCGAAGGUCCAGCAGGACACGCGCGAUCUGCGGAAGGACCAGAUGCUGGAAAAGUGGCUCGCGGCCUGCGUCGCCGGCGCGUUCGCCCGUCAGGUAAUGGAGGAGAUCCGCGUGCGCAAGAUGUCGGAUCAGGAUCGCAUGGAGUACAUGGCGAAGACAGAGCAACUCAACCGGAUGCGCGGACCGAAUGCGAGCCGUUUCUUACAGGAUUCCGCGGAGCAGGCCCAAAGCAUUCAGGGGUUGAAGCAAGAGCCUGAAACCGUCAGGAAGCUGGGGGAAUUGGCCACACGCGCACAAUACAUAUUGCGCCGCCAUCGGAAACGCUUAGAAGCCCGCUGCAUCGUGGCGUGCUUGAAGGAGUGGAGAGUGGCCGGACGCACCUUCGUGGCCUUGAAGCAGUUCGCGCAGCGCGUUGUCAAGAUGCAGCAGUGGUGGCGCAGGAUGAGGGCGCACCUGCGGGAGGUCCGCGACAGGAUCGCGAAGCGCUGGGAGCGCCUCGAGAAGGAGCAGGUCGGACGGGAGCUGAACAAAGCCGCGCCGCUACCUGCGACCCCUGGGGCCGGCCGGCGCAACCACCGCGCGGCGACCGACCAGCGGGUCCCUCUGGAUGACCGGGUGAAGGCUGCCAUGACCCCCGAGGACGUCCGCACCAGGUUCCUCGAGCACGAGCUGCGGGCCCGCCGCUUCGCGCUGCUGCCGGCGGUCCUGUGCUGGGAGGAGGACCUGGCCCAGUGGCGCAGCAACUGGCAGAGCUGGUCCGAGGCGCGCGCUGCGCACCGCGCCCUCGGCCUGGACGACUCCGCCGUCGUCCCCGCGCCGCUGGUGGCGUGGCCCCCAGUCAGGCCCUCGUACUUGCCGAAGGCCCACCUUCCGCAAGAGUUCACCCGCGGCUGCGAGUGCCCCGAAUGGUGCCCUGGCAGGAGGGGCGACGAGGACAUCCUCGACAUGUGGCGCCGCUGCCGGACGAGCCCCGGGGGGCAGGGCGGCUGGAUGAAGGUGCAGGCAGGGAAGCCUAGCAAGGGUUCCAGGUCGAAGUCUGGGAAUGCCAACGGAGGCGUCCACAGGGACAGUAACGGCUGCGCGGAGGAGUUCGCCGUGGACAGUGAGAAGGUGGAGGAGCUGGAAGAGGAGGAGGAGGAGGAGCUCCGGCAGUGGGGCUGCAGCGCGGACCGGCUGCCAGGGGCCAGCAAGGUGCCGCCGCUGCGGCCCAGCAAGGAGCCCUGA